AACCUAUUUAUUAUUACUUGCAAUGUACACCACAACCAGAUUCUACCAUUAUCUACCCUCUGGCGAGUUCGCUUGUGACGAAGAACCUGAAUACCAGCCAAAACAAGAUGGAGCGGCUAUUAAGUCGUUGUACCAGAUGGAAGGUAUUCCAGAGGAUGAGUCUUCGUCCGAGGAUGAAGAUGAUAGUCAUUUUAAUACAGCAGUGGGUAUGGAAGAAAUUGAUUUAGAGGCAACGCCUCUACCUAGUAUGAUUUGGACACCAACUAAGUAUAAACCAAAAGAUGUUGCUCAAUUUAUUUCUCUGUUGCAAAACAAAAAUUUAAAGGUUUCCAAAGCUGCAAAGGAAGCUGGUGUUGUGAUGUUUAUUAUCCAAAAAUAUAUCUCUUCCUAUAUCUAGCUCUUCAUUCUCUAGGUAUUUAUAUAUGAAGAGAUGUCGGA